AUUAAAGGCUUCAUUUUCAUCCUCAUCAAUCAAUCAUCAAUGGAGAGCAGCAUGGCAAUGAAAUGGGCUUUAAUGGCUUGCCUGUUGCUCAGCUCGCUCUCCAUCGCCAAUUCCGAACCUGCCAAUUCCGAACCUUUUCAAGAGUGCUACAGCUCCUGCUUCGGCGUAUGCAGCUUAGGGCCCAGCAUUUACAUCUUCGACUGCCCGUUGCGAUGCCUGCAUUCUUGCAUCGCCCUGCCAUCUAACGACAACGCCGAGUUCCAUCAGCCACAACAACAACAUCAUCAGUUCUACUGCAAGCUCGGCUGUGCAACUUCCACCUGUACAGGAUUUGGCACAAAGGAAAAACCUGCUGUCGAAGAAGUGACCAGCUGUGUGGAUUCUUGCGCUCAAGUAUGUUCAAUGAAUUGAUGAUCUGGAUCGGCUAAAUGAAGCCAAUGAACCACUUCUUUUUCCUUUUCCUUUUUAUUUUUUUUAAGAUUUUUGGUAAUUCAAACUUUUUUUUUGUUAGGAGAAACCAUUGUAAUUAAGGAAGUGG